AAUUGGUGUUUCUGUUUUCUUGUGCUAUUUCUCAUACUUUUUCUCGCUAUUCUUUCUCUUUUUUGAUCGGGAAUCCUACUUCAUUGGCUAGAAAGAUUUUGAAGUCCAAUGCUUGCCAACAAUUCCACGUCAGAAGAUCGACCAACGAACGUAUAUCACAACGAAACGUUAAGGGAUGAAAUGCAAGCCAUCCAUGGGAGACAGUUAUCAAAGCUGCAAUGCGUAAAUACCCCAAUCCCAUGAAUCCCAACGUGGUAGGCGUGGAUGUGUUGGAGAGAAAUCUUGAUACGCGAGGAAGACUGCAUAGCCAUCGUCUGCUUAGUACGGAGUGGGGCCUCCCCAGCAUUGUUAUAGCUAUACUAGGUACAAGCAGGACCACAACAUACAUUAAAGAACAUUCUGUUGUAGAUCCAGUUGAACGGACAAUGGAACUGAGUUCUUCUAAUAUUACUCUCAGUAACCUUGUAUCAGUAGAUGAAAGACUGAUAUAUCGACCUCAUCCAGAGAAUCCAGAAAAGACCAUUUUGACCCAGGAGGCAAUAAUCACAGUGAAAGGAGUUAUCUUAAGUAGCUAUUUGGAAGGGUUAAUGGCCAACACAAUUUCUGCCAAUGCAGGAAAGGGCUGCAAAGCAGUGGAGUGCGUUCUAGGCAAGGUCAAUGUGGAGAAUGUUGUGUCUGCCCAAAGAAACAUUGGUGACUUAAUGACCACAGCAGCUGCCAAGGAUUUAUGGGUAGCAUAUUGCUGUGUCAUCCUUGGACUUCUGUUUGGGAGAUUCACUUAGUCACUGGCAUCCUGACUUUAAGGUGCAACUCAUGUCUUUUUUCAGAGAGAAGAUUAUAAACAACGAAGUUGACAUUGAAUAUAUCAAACAGCAUUGAAAUCAUUUCAAUUUCUAAAUUUAAAAAAACCAGCAGACAAGCCUGCAAAUGUGGGAUGUCACAUUUGUGGUUUUUAUGAAAAGUUGCAUUUUGUGACGUUUUUCACUUAUGAAGCCUCCAGAUCGAUAUAGGUAUAUCACUUUGAUAUUUAUUUUAAAACAUUAUUAUCAAAGUGGAGAUGGAGGCAAUGGACAAAAAUAUACCCUUGAAUUUUGCACACUGUCUUGCACUUGGUACAAUACAUUGAACUAAUACUUGAAUGUGGAGUUAUUAGAGUUUACCUUUUGGCUUAGGCUAUGAAUAAAAUGAAGUGUAUGUAUUUCAGGAUUAUGUUUACAUCGUCUUGCAACUGUAGAUCAGUAAGUUUUAUGAAGUAAGUUUUUAAAUCAGUGUGUUUAAGUUGGAAUUUGGGUCUGUAUAUUUUUGUAUAAAUCCCAUCCAGAUGGGAUGUAGGUGGUGUGGGCUUUGACCUGAGAUCCUGAAACAUGCUAUUAAUACCUCAAUCCUGAACACGUUUUAAAAUUAAUUUUUGUAGUUAUAAAUGUGAACUUUAAUCAUUGUCACUGUGAUCAAUAAUUCACAAAUGGCCGGUGUCAAGUGGUUAUGAAAUAUAAAGCUACUUUUGUAGCAGUUCCACCUCAGUCAUAUCUGGAUCAUUUCCUUCUGUCAGGACAGGUCUCUUGCAAUGGUCCCACUUAGUGAGGUGAAAGGAUUAUUGUGCAAAUCUGCUUUUGUAAACUUCUCUACCACUCAGUGCUUGGUGUUCGAACAACUUUUAAUUACUUCCAAAAAGGCUGAUAUGUUUCCAAAGCUUUUUGUCUUGCAAUAAUGGGGCUUAAACGGCAACCCUUUCACGCAAACGGUCAUGUGUGUAUGGAAUGUGUUACCAGAGGAUGUGCUGGAAGCUGGUACAAAGGCAUCUGGAUGGGUACAUGAAUAGAAAGAGUUUAAAGGGAUAUGGGCCAAAUGCUGGCAAAUGGGACUAGACUAAAUUAAAAUAUCUGGUCGGCCUGGAUGAAUUGGACCAAAGGGUCUGUUUCGGUGUUGUACAUGUCUGUGAAUCUAUAAUCGAGACAAACACAGGAGUGCCGAAUUUCAAACAAUCAUCUUGAACCACUGCAGUCCAUGUGGUGUAGAUAUACCCACAGUGCUGUUAGGAUGUUCCAGGAUUUUGAUUUAGUGACCGUGCAGGAACAGCUACAUGCUUCCAAGUCAGAUGAUAAGUGACUUGAAAGGGAACUCAAGUGGUAGUGUUCUUAUGUACCUCCUGCCUUAGUCCUCCCAGGUGGUAGAGAUUGCAGGUUUAAAGUGUGCUGUUAAAGAAAGCUUGAUGAGCUGCUACAGUACAUCCUGUUGACUGUGGGCACUGCUGCCAUUUUGUCAGUGAUGGAGAGAGUGAAUGUUGAAGAUGUUAUCAAGGGUAUCAAUUGAGAAGCCAAGUCAAAGCAGCCUGAUGUCAAGUUUCUUCAGUGUAGCUGGAAUUGCACUCAUCCAAGCAAGUGGAACAUAUUCCAUCACAUUUCAGACAUGCCUUUGUAGAUGUUGAGCAAAGUUUGGUGAGUCAGGGGGUGAAUUACUUAGAGCAAGAUUCCCAUCCUCUGAACUUGUUCUUGAAGCGGGCAUUUAUACAGGAGCCUUGUUUAGUUUGGGUCAGUGGUAAACUCAGGAUGUUGUAAGUAGGGGAUUCCAUGGUAGUCAUGCUAUUGAAUGUCAAGGUGAGAUGGUGAUUGCCUGGCAUUUCUGUGGCGUAAAUGUUACUUGUUACUUAUGAACUGAAGCCCCAAUGUUGUCCCAUUCUUCUUGCAUAUGGGCACGGACAGUUUUAGUGUUUGAGGAGUCGUGAAUGGUGCUGAACGCUGUGCAAUCAUCUGUGAACAUGCCCAUUUCUGUCCUGUUGGUGGAAAAAAGGUCAUUGAUAAAGCAGCUGAAGGUGGUUGGACUUGAGGUACCACCUGAAGGAACACCAGCAGCAGUGUCCUGAAACUCAAAUGAUUGACCUCCAACAGCCAAAACCCUUAUCCUUUGUGCUAAUGUGAUUGUAGCCAAUGGAGAAUUCAAUAUGUUUAUCCAUAAUUGGACUAAGGCUGUAAUGAGGUCAGGAGCAAAGUACCUUGGUGCAACCAAAAAUGAGUGUAAAUGCAUUAUUACUGAGUUACUGCAACUGGAUAGUACUGUCGAUGAUGCUGUCAUUUUACUGAUGAUGUACUGUGCAGACUGAUGGGGCAGUAACUUGCCACAUUAGAUUUUUUUUGUGUGGGCAAAAUGGCACACAGCCUGACCAUGAUCUUUGUUUGCAGAAUUCAAAUGAUUGCAAGCGCAAUUCAUUUAUCUUGUUCACUGUACCAUGCAAUAAGUCCACUUUUGGGGCUGAAAAGUGUGCCCUUUUACUUCAAAUUACCCUGGAAAGCCAAAGGAUCUCAAAAAUUCUGCAAUUCACUGGCUAUACAAGUAGUAUUUCCCCCUGCUGCCAGUUCAAAAAGCCAUUCAGCGUACCAUUCAAUUGAGAAACAUUGUAUGAAUUUCAUUUCCAAUGCAUUGCCAAAUACGUAGGUCGUGCAUCCCAAAAAUUAGUUGAUGAAAUUAAUCAGCACAUUCCAAUCUUGUUCAUGAUGCUAGCUCAACAGAAAGCUGUGAACAAAUUUUCUACUAUUGGAUGUGAACCAGUUGGCAAGCAAUUGUGCAUGUGAUAAUUGCUAUAUAAACAACCAGUUUAAAGUAAUCCAUUGAACUUGUAAUAUAAUAGAAGUGAUAUACAUUCAUGAUUUAGAUUAGAUUCUCUAGUGUGGAAACAGGCCCUUCGGCCCUACAAAUCCACACCGCCCCUCCAAGGAGAAACCCAAUCAAACCCAUUCCCCUAUAUUUACCUGACUAACACUGUGGGCAAUUUAGCAUGGCCAAUUCACCUCACCUGCAUAUCUUUAGAUUGUGGGAGGAAACCAGAGCACCCGGAGGAAACCCACGCAGACACUGGGAGAAUGUGGAGCUUGCGCAUAGGCAGGUGGGAAUCAAACCCAGGUCCCUGGUGCUGUGAGGCAGCAGUGCUAACCACUGGGCCACCAUGCAUGCACUGGGACUUUUCUUCUGCAAACAAAAGGAAUAUGUCAAAUACUUGUGCUUUUUUUAAAUGUCUGGAAGCUUGGGAAGCCUGUAGUUUUCUUUGUGGCAACACCUCCAUCAAUUAACUUUACAACUAAUCGACGCUUUUUUCUCCAGUAUCAAUUGUGAUCGCUUUAAAUUCGGUAUUCUUAUAUUUGUCCCUGAUGAUGCAAAA